CAGGUGGUGGUCACCUCUGAAGAUCUUUGGAUCAAGACAUAUGGGCAACUCUAUAAGAGAUUAUGUUCAUCGGGCGCUAAUAUUCCUCUAGGAAUAUUCAGAACGAAGAAUAUGGACUCUAAGACGGUUUCUCAUGAAAUGGAGGAAAGGUGUCACUCAGUGGAUGCUUCACAGCUCGAAAUGGCUGUCGAGCGAAGGAAGGAAAUGCUGAAUCAUAUCAGAACGAGAAUGAGAAACUUGGGAAUAACAGAUGAUGCAGAGACUCUCGAUAGCAGGGAUUUGGUGGAAAACAGCAAUAAAAUCUCCUUCGUCAUAAUCAAUCCAGCUGCAGACUUGCAACUUGAAGCAGGAGAUAUUGUGUACGUAUUAUGUAGCCCAGUGAAAGAAGAUGCAAGCAGUCACCAGACGAAUCCUAGAAAAGGGCUCAGACGAGCUCAUCACAUCGAGGAAAUGACUUUCGAUAACACAGACAAAAGUGCUGAACAAGUAUCAUUUGAUGUUCUGUCGUUGCCGUAG